UAUAUCAAUGGCUUGACUCAAACCAUUCGCGCUCACUUGCUGAAAGACUGUGGCGCAGCGAAGUGUUAUCGUGUCAUUAAUUAGCGAAAACAAAAUAACCAAAGAACCAGUAGAUGCUGCACCUUGUGGGCCUACUUCUGCUCACGUACGCAGUAGCCGUUCCUCUUCCCUGCUCCGAAAAAGGAAUCCGCCGGGUAAUCAUCGAUCAGGAUGGUGGCGGUGACGAUGGAUGGGCCCUGUUGAUGAUGCUGAUGAACGAGAAGAAGUACAACGUGGUGGUGGAAGCCAUCACUUGCACCCAUGGUAAUACCGAUUUGGAGAACUCGGUCACAAAUGCUGCUCGGAUCUUGGAAGGAUUGGGAAGACGGGAUGUCCCGCUGUAUCGAGGGGCUAGUGAGCGCUUGAUAACUCCAGCGCCUCGCAGGGAUGUCAACAGGUAUUUCUGGGGAGUGGAUGGAUUCGGCGACGUGCAGUUCCAGAGUAAGCCGGAUUUAGGGAAUGUUCCUGACGAGCAUGCGGUUGUUAAGAUGCAUGAGUUGAUUCGGAAGUACCCGAGGCAGAUAUCGAUUCUAUGCUUGGGACCUUUGACCAACCUUGCGAUGUUGUUCAAAAUGUUCCCGAGUGUGAAAAGCGAAAUAGCCGGAAUAUAUAUUUUAGGAGGCAAUAGGAACGGUGUUGGUAAUACGGACUUUGCAGCGGAAUUUAAUUUCUUCACCGAUCCAGAAGCAGCCAACAUUGUGAUGAACAAUGCGCCAGUGAUUUUGAACAUUGUUCCUUGGGAAACAGUUCUCGAUUUGGAAACGAUUUUUCCAAUGGAAUGGAGGAACAGUGUUUUCAAGGAGCCGAAAAACAAAGCCAUUGAGGUGUUGAACCAAGUGGAGGAGGUGAUUUAUGCAAACAUCAGUAAUUGGCAGCCUUGCGAUAUGUAUGCUGCGGCAGUUCUGCUCAACAACUGCAUGAUAGCGGAUGCUAAACGAUACAAGGCUGAUGUUGAAUUGGCUGGAAAAGUGACUCGCGGAAUGAUGGCGAUUUUGUACCACGAUAAUGAUGAAAAGGAUUUCAACGUGAAUGUCAUCGACGGAAUUGAAGAGGAUACGCUAAGACAGAUGGUUGAAGAUCUGAAUCGGUAGCCGGAUGAAAAACGAGUGGAAUGAAACAAAACCAAUGAUUCUCUA